AAACACAGUUGCGAAAUCGUAAUAUUAUGGUACUAAAAAGUGAAGUUAAAUAAUUAAGAUGGACGCCGAUGUGAAGGACACGAAUGCGUCAGAAUUUAACGAAAAUAAAGUUAUCGACAAAAAUACGAACGAGAAAACGCGUCUCGUCGAGCCUAUUAACGUUAGAAAUGCUUAUGAAACGUCGAAAUACGAAAACGCCAGAAAUAAUUUUAACAUAUUCAUUCUGGUGUGUAUAACAGGCGUUGUAAUGGCCGUGCUAAUGAGGAGGAUGAUAAACUCGGAAAAUAUAAACGAUAAAUACGCAGAGCGCGCCAUCAAGAAACGUUAUUGGGUUUAUUCUGCUCAGAAUGACGUCAACAAUCCUGACGGUUUGUUAAAGCACGUGCAUCGCGUCCUAAAACGAAUCGGUUACGAAAAAACCACGAACGAAUCCGAUUGGAACUUGUUAUGGUCCCACGAUUAUCCUUUUCGAGUACUGUACCCUAAUUUACACAGUUUAAAACCAAAUCAGAAAGUCAAUCACUACCCCGGAGCGGGUUUCGUGACGAACAAAGUAGACCUUGCCACGACUGAAUCGAAAUACAUCCCGAAGGCGUUCAAACUGCCACAGAAUAAAGAAGAUUUUUUUAAAUACGCCGCUGAGAACGAAGGCGCCUUGUUUUUGGAAAAGCACAAUCAACACAGAGGUGUUUACUUAAAAAACGUGAGCGAAAUAAAUCUGGCUGGCGGGGAAAGUUUCGUUCAAGAAUACGUGCAAAAACCGUUCUUAGUCGACGGUCACAAGUUUGAUAUUGGCGUGUACGUAGUUCUAACCUCGGUUAACCCCUUGAGAGCAUAUUGGUACAAAGGAGAUGUCCUCUUCAGGUACUGUCCGGCAAAGUAUUAUCCUUUCGAUCCAAAGGAUUUGGAUAAAUAUGUCAUUAGGGACGACUACCUCCCUACCUGGGAGGUACCUUCGCUGUCGCAUCCUUACACUGCCCUUGGGUUCAGCAUGAGAGAUGCUUUCGACAUUUAUGCUAAAACAAAGGGGAAAGACCCUACAAAGAUGUGGAGGGAAAUACAAAACGCUAUAGCUGAGGUAUUUGUGAAAAAAGAGCAUCAUAUUGUCGAAACUUUGAAAUCGUAUCCGUCAACAGAAAACUUCUUCGAACUAAUGCGUUUUGAUCUGGUCGUCGAUGAAGAUCUAAAAGUGUAUUUGUUAGAAGCCAACAUGUCGCCCAACUUGUCGUCUGCUCACUACCCUCCCAACCAGCUGUUGUACGAGCAGGUUCUGUACAACUUGUUCGGACUGGUUGGCAUAGCUGAUCAUAUCCAAGAGAAUAGUCUCGGAGAUUCAGCUGCUCAGAACAUGGUGUCUUCACAGAAAAACAUAGCCGUAUGGGGCGAAAUAUGCACGACUACUUGUAGAGAUAAUUGUCACAUGAAUCUAAUAUGUGAGCUCUGUCGUCCCUGUCUGAGCGCAAGGUUGCGAAGCGUCUUCCUUAAGGCCCAUAAGGAGUUUCUUCAUAAGGGAGACUUUAGGAGGUUGUUCCCACCGCCUAUGAAAGCCAAUGCUACUUUAAAAGAAGAGGACUUGAAGCACUUGAACAAACCAAACAGACUUCAGUACUUAUGGUACCAGGGAAAAUGCAAUGUGGAUAUCACUUGGUGUACAUAA